GAGGCUUGAGUUAAUAGUUUAUUUUUUCCGGUAGCUUUGCUUUUUCUAAAUCAAAGUAAGAUGUGUCUUAAGGACAGAGUUAUGUUUAGUUAGAGAAAUCAUUUGGGUAGACUGGGAAUUUACCUAUGAUUUUUUAAUUACUGUUCCCUUUUAGGAGCCGAGUUCAAAACGUGUUGUUCCCAUCCCUUUUGUCCGUAAGUGUAAAAAUGAAUGAUUUACUUAUUCGUGUGGGGGAUGCAACGUUACAUAAAGUUCACCACUUUUAUUUCUGUUCUGAUUACUGAGAAGUGAGUAUGCAGGCGAUUUUUCCUUUCAGUUGCAUCUCAAUUUGCGCCGGUGUAGCUGAUUGAGUAUAGGAAGUCCGGGACUGGUGUUUGUACUCAAAUUAUCUGCAGCGUUUGUGAAGAAAGGACUGACUAUUGCGUUCAUCAUUUCUUCAAAGCCUUAGCGAGUGGUUGCUUCGUAGCUAAAACAAGUGAAUGUUUCUCCUCCGGUUUUUUCCUGUUUAAACUAGGAGAAUACUAAUGAAAUGAAGAAAGUCUUUUCCGUGACUAUACCCUGGUUUUGAUGUUUCAGCAAUGCUGACCGCUGGAAUAUUCAGUGCUUUAUGUAAUCGAGUUGGACUACAGAAGGUUCCUUUUAUGAACAUCGGAGAGUUGCUUUUAUUUCACCUUUUGGCCUUUGUAUCUGCAGACGACUCUGUCUCCUGCCCUGGGUUUUGUGAGUGCUCCCAGCCCGUAAGAACUGUUAAGUGUGCAAACAACAACUACUUAACUUAUAUUCCUCAAAAUAUACCUUCAUAUGUUCGAACACUUUUUAUUACAGGUAAUAAUAUUACCAGGCUAGAGUCAAAUGCCUUUUCAGAAAUGUAUCUGGAGCAGCUGAUCUCCUUGAAUCUAAGUGGCAAUGGUAUAGAAAUAAUAGAGCCACUCUCUUUUGUUAAUUUGCCAAAUUUAAAAUAUCUGGAUCUAAGCAAUAACAGGAUACUAAACUUCAGUGUAAAUGCUUUUAAUGGUACAAAUAGUUUGACAAACUUAACUCUUAGCAAUGCUCUUUUCAAUUACUCUCUCAUGAAUGAACUGGAACAUCUGUUUCAGUAUGGUUCACUUUCUAAUUUGGAAAAUUUGGCAUUGCCUAGCAACAAUUUACUUUAUUUGACUCCAGGCAUGUUCUCUGCCCUUCCCAAGCUAAAGCAUCUGGAUUUGAGGAAUAAUACACUUUUGAAGUUUCAUAAAGAUACUUUUGCAAAACUUAGCCUGGAGUUCCUUGAUUUGAGUGACAAUUCACUGAAAAAUGUGAAGAAUGAAACAUUGACACAGCUGAACAGUCAAAGUGAUCUCUCUAUCGGGCUUGAUAAUAAUAUGUGGACUUGCGACUGUGAAAUAGAAAGCUUCCUCAUCUGGCUUAAUCAUUCCAACAAAGUGAAGAACAAAGAGCAUCUAACUUGCUACUCUCCAGAUGCCCUAAGGGAUAUACCUCUUUUGCAGGUUAAACUCAUAAGUCUGGAAUGCGUUUCUCCAAAUGUGUUGCAAACGUCAUAUGUGUUCUUGGGAAUUGUUUUAGCACUGAUUGGAGCAAUCUUUUUAUUGGUGCUUUAUUUGAACCGAAAGGGUAUCAAGAAGUGGAUGCAUAACAUAAGAGAUGCAUGCAGAGAUCACAUGGAGGGUUAUCAUUACCGGUAUGAGAUCAAUACAGACCCUAGGCUAACAAACUUGAGCACAAAUUCUGAUAUUUAGUGAGACGCAUGGUAUGAGACAGCUUUUAUAAAAACUAUGAAUAGAAUCAAGAGUCCUGUUAGGUUCUCAUUCUUUGUUCACAGAAACAGGGAUGUGCGGCAGUAAUUAAAUUUUCUUUCUUGCUGGCAAUACAGGCAUUGUUCCCAGAUAAACGUGGUUAUCCAGGAAUGUAUUUUUCAUUUAUUUUUAUGUUGUCUGUUUGCAUGUUAAAAGGCAGUUGCUUGAGGACUUAAUUUGUAAUGACAUGAUCUGAAGGUUUUGUUCUGUAGUUUUUAUACUUAGUCAGGCUUGGCUUCCAGGCUUUUUGUUAACAGUUAACAUGUAUAGAGCGUAGUCUCCAGAGUCAAAGCAUUAAGUAUUAGAGCCUUGCUAAUGCCUCAGGUAUGUUAAUGUAUGAAUUUUUUUUUUUUUUGCUUAGUGUUAGCUAGGAAGUUAGUUAUGGUGCUAAAAUAUUUUCUAACUUUUACAAAUUACUCAUUUUUAUAAAACAUUUAUUUUUAAAACUUGUAUAGUGGUGGUGGAGAAGACUGUAGAUGAAAACGUGCGUCGUGUAUUGUAUGCUCUUAAUCUGCAUUUAUGACUGGGUGUAGUUGUAUUUUAAAGAUCUGCAUUACUUUGCUUUAUAGCCUGACACAUUCCCUGUUAAAAGGUUUCCAUGGAAGCUGCAGUCUGUCGUACAACUUUAAAAGUACUACAGAGAAAUGCAGAACCAGGUCAUCUUUCAAGAGGGAAGAACAUUUGAGAAAUUGCAAACAUGCAGUGUUGUAAUAUGCAUGUAUGUCUCUUGUACUGGUGUAUUCCUUAAUCUUGUAACGUACAGCAGUGUACCGUUUAGAGAUUUUUUUUUUCUCUAGUUCAAUUUCUGAUAAAUUUCAUUGCUUUUUGACUGUAAAUAUGAUUAGGGAUUGAAAGAGUUUUCAUAUUGAUUGCAGUGACUAACACGAUUGUAGUAAAACUAUAUGUAUUUACAGCUAAAUAAGAACAGCAGUAUUGAAAUGCAUGCUAACCUUUUUCUCUACUCGUCUACUUCUUGUACAGCCCUGAGAAACAGCAGCAUUUCAUGUUAUGUGUAGACUGAAGCAUGUUUCUGCGAAAAUGUUGCUGUUACUUCUCAUUGUGUCUGUCUGAAGAACCCAGCUCAUUUGUCAGGAACUGACCGCUCUCACAUGCUCAGUACUGCUUGACUAUUGCUAACUUUAUAUAAAAACAUUUUGGCUUAAGAAAAUGGCAUUCCUUUUGGUCUGUACAUGAGCAAUUGGAAAUUCUAGUUGGGUCUUGUGUAUUGCAACAAUAAACAAAAAUAAUUGAAAAACUGUUUGAAAAAGCAGGUACUUUCCCCUUCCCCUAGAUCGUGUGCUUCUGUUUAUAGGAAUUAGGACUGCAAAUAAAACUGAGUGGAACAGACCUAGUUUAAACAAGUGUAGUACAAAUGUGAAUAGUGCUAACAACUCUGAAAUGCUUAGCAACAAAUUGUUCACAGUGGCAUGGCAGAUUAACAAUAAAGAAAAUGCAUUUAAGCAACA